CUACUAGUAUCUCAACCUCAAAUUAGUGUGAGUGUUUAACGAGCAAGUUCAGCUUUAGCGAGAAGCAGUUUGGAGUAGGAAUUAGAUUUUUAAGUUUUGCGAAGAUGAAUGUGUCAAGCCUAUUGAAUAACGUCUCUGUUCCAACAAUUCCAACAUGGCCACUGACCUCUACAAAUGUGGAUGCGGAGGAGUUUGAAAUCAAAGGAGAAGUGGUGUUAAUGAAAGCAUAUCUUGCGGAUGUGACCGAUUACUCUGCCACUGUGGCAGACACGGUCUCUGAGUUGCUCGGGCAGAAAGUGUUUCUUCAGCUCGUCAGUAGUGAUAAGAUUGAUCAAGAUACGGGAACCGGGAAGAAAGGGGCGGAGAAAUCGAUAAGCUGGAGCCCGCUGGAUGGUCCCGUAGCCGGCGACUCACAAUUCUCCGUCACCUUCACAUGGAAGUCAGAACUGGGAGUGCCUGGUGCAUUGCUUGUGAAGAACGCGCACCCGAGGGAAUUCUUCUUGAAAUCGCUCACGCUCUCCGCCGUAACUGGCAAAAUUCCAGCACUUCGUUUUUGCUGCAACUCCUGGAUCUACCCUUACUACUUAUUCAACCAAAUCGCGCGGGUCUUUUUUUCUACUCGGAGUCAUCUUCCCAAUGAAACGCCGGCGGGUUUGAUAACGUUGAGACAGCAAGAGUUGACUUCUCUGCGAGGAAAUGGGACCGGAGAGCGACAGUUGUGGGAUCGUGUUUAUGACUACGAUCUUUACAAUGAUUUGGGUAACCCAGACAGUAGUCCCGAUCUCCGCAGGGAGGUGCUCGGUGGAUCGCAGGACCUUCCCUAUCCCAGAAGAUGUAGAACUGGACGUGCCCCCUCCAAAACAGAUGGGAAGUUUGAAAGCUUGCCUCUCUUGCCCACCACCCAAUUCUUCGUUCCACCAGACGAGAAGUUCCCACAUAUCAAUCUGUCCGACUACAGGGCUAAUUUGGUUCGAGCGUUCGUCAAGAAAGUGGUACCCACCCUCAAGUCCAUAUUUGGUGAUAAAUUCAACUCCCUGCAAGAUGUGAAGGAUAUUUACAGCAAAGGAAUCCCCAAGUCUAUCAAUUCUGUUAUGGAUCUUAGUCGAGAUAUAAUUCCCCUUCAAAUGGUGAAAGGAUUGCUCAGCACAGAGGACCAAGCCAUCAUAAAUUUCACAGUUCCCCAAGUUUUCAAGGCUGACGAACGUGCUUGGAAGACAGAUGAAGAGUUUGCGCGUCAAGCUCUUUCAGGUCUCAAUCCCAUGGCCAUUCAAUGUCUGCAGAGCUUUCCUCCAUCAAGCAGCUUGGACGCCGAGUUAUAUGGCCCUCAGGAGAGUUCUAUAACGGCAGAUCAUAUCGAGAAAAACCUCGAUGGCCUUACGGUCCAGCGGGCUGUGGAAGCAAAAAGACUCUUUAUCUUGGACUACUACGAUGCGUACAUGCCCUACAUCGAACGCAUUAACAAAGAAUCAGAUGAGCGAAAAAUGUAUGCCUCCCGCGCGCUCUUCUUCCUUACAGACCAAGGAAUUCUGAGGGUUGUAGCAAUCGAGUUGUGUUUGCCUCCCACCAGUCUCAGCCAAGCUCAAAGAAACGUUUACACCCCUGCCCAAGACGGAGAAGAAGGAGCUUUGUGGCUGCUCGCCAAAGCUCAUUCAAGAGUUAACGAUUCUGGUUAUCACCAGUUAAUCAGUCAUUGGCUAAGAACUCAUGCCGUCAUCGAGCCCUUCAUCAUUGCAACUCACAGGCACCUGAGCAAAAUGCAUCCCCUUCACAAGUUACUACUUCCUCACUAUUUUGACACCAUGGACAUCAAUCAAUCUGCCCGGCAGAUUCUGAUUAAUUCAGGUGGUGUUAUCGAAUCAGGCUUCACACCCCACAGAUACUCCAUAGAGUUGUCCUCUAAAGCAUAUAAGUACUGGAAACUCAAUGAACAAGGCUUGCCCGCAGAUCUUAUUAAAAGAGGGAUGGCAGUUGCAGACUCAACGGCACCUAACGGACUGAGGCUUGUGAUAGAAGACUACCCAUAUGCAGUGGACGGUCUGGAGAUCUGGGGUGCUUUAAAGCAAUGGGUGAGUGAUUACCUGUCUCUCUACUACAAGAGCGACGAUGCAAUCAAGGAAGACGCAGAAGUGCAAGCUUGGUGGAAGGAGGUGGUGAACGUGGGGCAUGGUGACCUGAAGAUUGAAAGCGGAUGGUAUCAAAUGGAAUCGGUGGAAGAAGCAGUGGAAGCAGUGACCACUCUCAUCUGGGUUGCAUCUGCUCACCAUGCAGCCGUGAACUUCGGACAAUAUGCCUACGGAGGAUACAUGCCCAAUCUCCCCACCCUCAGCAGACGCCUCAUUCCUGAGAAACAUUCCGUUGAGUACGCGGAAAUGAUGAAAGAUCCAGAGGCUUUUUUGCUCUCAUCUGUGUCUGCCCCCAGUGAGGCCACCACUGUAAUGGCGGUGCUGGAGCUUUUGUCGAAGCAUUCGACAGAUGAAGUUUAUUUGGGGCAGGUGAAGGGGUCCACUCCUGAAUGGACGGACGAUGAGGGCAUUGAACAAGCCUUUCGGAAAUUUUCUGCAACUCUGGCGGCCGUGGAGAAGAAUGUUUUGGAGAGGAACAAGAAUUCCAACCUAAAGAACAGGUAUGGGCCAUCGCAGGUUCCAUACAAGCUGCUCUAUCCGGGCACCACUGAUCUAUCCAAGGAGGGUGGAUUGACCGGCAGGGGAAUUCCAAACAGCGUUUCCAUUUAGUCUGUCUCCUUUCUCUUCUCAGUUUAAUAUGCUAUCUCAUAAUUUCCGAUAAAGCUUUUGUAUGAAGUGGCGAAUGCAGAAUGGCUGCGGCUAUUCUGUAUCGUCGUAGAGCUAAGUACUCAAUAAAUGUAAGGUCGGUGGCGUGUUACCCUGCGCCACACUUUGUCGUUGGACUUUUUAAUGCACCUUGGAUAAUGCCACUUUCCUUUCGUCA